AUGGCCGCCGGCGGCAGCGAGCGAUCGCUGGAGGAGACCCCGACGUGGGCCGUCGCCGUAGUGUGCUUUUCGCUGGUGGUGAUCUCCAUCUUAAUCGAGCACGUUAUCAAUCUCAUCGGGAAGGCAAGUUGAAGAGAGAAGCAUAAGUCACAACAGGCUCCUAGCAGAGUUCCUAUCCUCGUCGGAGUACGAAGUGGAGACUUGCCUAAUAGCUAUGUUCUUUGUUUGAUUACUACUGUGCAGUGGCUCACCAGGCGCCACAAGAAGGCUCUUCAUGAGGCGUUGGAGAAGGUGAAAUCCGGUUAGUAGUCGGGGCGUCGAUGCUCUCUGUCUCUCUCCCCUUCCAUCUGUCCCUCCCGUUCUCUCACACAGAUACUAACUGCGAACGGAUUUCUUCUUUCGGUUACCUCCACUCUCGCUCUCCCUCUCUCUCGCUCGUUCGCUCAAGCCGUCCGCUCUCUAUUUCUAUCUCAAUUUUAUCUCUCUGUAUCGCUCAGGCCAUUCACCUCUCUACUCCAAUCUGAAUUUCAUCUCUCUCUCGCUCUCUCUCUCUCUCUCUCUCUCUCUCUCUCUCUCUCGCUUAGCCCAUACAUAUAUCUACAUCAAUCUGAAUUUCAUCACUCCCUCCCUCCCUCCCUUCUCCCUCUCUCCCCUUCUCUCUCACUCGCAGAUACUCCUUCACCAUCCUAGAAUACCGCAUUUCAAUUCUCCGAUCGUCCUCUCUCCUCGCUCUCACCGUCUUUCCAUCCACCUCAAGGUCACUCUCCAUCUGGCCCUCACUCUCUCUCUCUCUCUCUGACUCACUCACUCCAUCUCUAUGGCACGCUGCAGAACUCAUGCUUCUUGGGUUCAUAUCGCUGCUGCUGACGGUACUCCAGGGACCCAUCUCCGAGAUAUGCGUUCCCAAGAGAAUCGGGGAUACGUGGCACCCUUGCUCAAGGUCCAGAGAAGCUGCCGCCAACUACAACAAAACGGCCGGCGAGUCGUCGUCGUCCGACGGCGACGGCUCCGUCGGCCGGAAGCUCCUCGAGGACCCGCCACUCACCGAAGGACUCCGGCGGGUCCUCGCUGGCAAAGGAGUUGACAAUUGUGCGCUCAAGGUUAGCCCGCCGCCCCUCCACUCAAGUGGACCUGCCUCUUUUAGAUUUUAUCCUACUCGUCUCGCUUAAUCUUCGCCAUUACCAAUUGUAAUUACCCCGAUAACUCCCCAUUAUCAUAUUGACUAAUCACUAUAUUUAGCGACAUGUCCUGAGAACAUAUGGUAUAUUUACCCAGCUAUAUAAUAUUCCCGAAUCAGCUAUAUAAUCGUGAUGCAGAUGAUGUUCCCGACUAAGCUAUAUAAUUUCAGAUUUAGCCCCCCUGCACCCACCCCCAGCUACCCAUGACCGUAGUAUACGUCAUAUGGGUUGACGCGAAAAAUCUUAGAAUAAUCAGGGCACGAUGAAAAUUUCGACAUACUUUUGUCCUGUUUCUCGUGAUUACUAAGAUGCUGAAUCGGUCUGUUUGGGGAGGGUGGCGGGGGCGGAGGGGGGCUGUUAUGUAAAUAAUGGGAUGACCAAGGAUGUAGCCAAAAUUUUCCUCAUGUGGGUCAAAGCCUAGUCUCCUCGCGUUCUCGGGACCACAGAGACUAGGACGAGGUCAACCCUCGAGGGCCUCUCUGCUCUUUGUUAAGCUGUCGCCUUUCAAUAUUAUGAAGCUGACCCAGGUGCAAUCGUUACCGUAGGGCAAGGUUCCACUGGUGUCAAACUACGGUAUCCACCAGCUCCACAUCUUCAUCUUCGUCUUGGCCGUCUUCCAUAUUCUUUACUGCAUCGCCACCCUGGGUCUUGGGCGACUGAAGGUAACGCAGGUGCCUCUUCUCUGGUCCUCCGUUGACCUGCCGCUGUCGGAUUCACUGUUUGUAAUCUCUGAUGGUGCAGAUGAGACGGUGGAAGUCAUGGGAGAAAGAAGCCCACACAAUCGAGUAUCAGUUCUCGCACGGUAAGUUUCCCUGUGUGUGUGUGUGUGUGUAGGAGAGAGAGUUUUUAUGUUGUCGCAGUAUCAGUUACAAUGGAACAUAUGGGCUUGGCAGAUCCUGAGAGGUACAGGUUCGCAAGAGAGACCUCCUUUGGGCGUAGGCACUUAAGCUUCUGGAGCAGGUCACCAAUCCUCAUCUGGAUUGUAAGGCUCUCUCUCUCUCUCUCUCUCUCUCUCUCUCUCUCUCUCUCUCUCUCUCUCUCUCUCUCUCUCUCUCUCUCUCUCUCUCUCUCUCUCUCUCUCUCUCUCUCUCUCUCGCUCUCUCGCUCUCUCUCUCUCUCUCUCUCUCGCUCUCUCUCUCUCUCUCUCUCUCUCUCUCUCUCUCUCUCUCUCUCUCUCUCUCGCUCUCUCUCUCUCUCGCUCUCUCUCUCUCUCGCUCUCUCGCUCUCUCUCUCUCUCGCUCUCUCUCUCUCUCUCUCUCUCUCUCUCUCUCUCUCUCUCUCUCUCUCUCUCUCUCUCUCUCUCGCUCUCUCUCUCUCUCUCUCUCUCUCGCUCUCUCGCUCUCUCUCUCUCUCGCUCUCUCGCUCUCUCUCUCUCUCGCUCUCUCUCUCUCUCUCUCUCUCUCUCGCUCGCUCUCUCGCUCUCUCUCUCUCUCUCUCUCUGUCUCUCGCUCUCUCGCUCUCUCUCUCUCGCUCUCUCUCUCUCUCGCUCUCUCUCUCUCUCUCUCUCUCUCUCUCUCUCUCUCUCUCUCUCUCUCUCUCUCUCUCUCUCUCUCUCUCUCUCUCUCUCUCCCUCCCUCCCUCCCUCCUCUCUCUCUCUCUCCCCCUCCUCCCUCCCUCCCUCUCCCUCCCUCUCUCUCUCUCUCUCUCUCUCUCUCUCUCUCUCUCUCUCUCUCUCUCUCUCUCUCUCUCCCUCCUCUCUCUCUCUCUCUCUCUCUCUCUCUCUCUCUCUCCCCCUCUCUCUCUCGAUAGAUGAUGAUGAUUCCGCAUGGAGAAGUGACAAUGCCUCUUAAAUUGUGCAAAUUGUGAUUAAAAUGAUCAGACUUCUCAGGGUUGCUCUUAUAUAUCUUUAAUCUCCCAUAAACCAUAACUCUUAUAAAUUUUCUCUACUUCAGGGUUGCUUUUUUAGGCAAUUCUUCAGGUCCGUGCCGAAAGUUGACUACAUGACACUCAGGCAUGGGUUCAUCAUGGUGAGUCACGAGAUCGGUGAGUCGUUGGAUUCUUCGGCUGGAACAGGUUACUUACCUUGUAUUUCAGGCACACCUGGCCCCCACGAACACCACCAAGUUUAACUUCCAGACUUAUAUCAAGAGGUGUCUCGAGGAGGACUUCAAGGUCGUCGUUGGAAUAAGGUAUAAACACUCAGCCCACAAAUUUAUGGAUAUUAUAAUUAUACUCCCUCUCCUCCCGUUAAUUUCCCCAUGCCCUCCUUGAAAAGUCAGCGAUUGGUCCUUAAAUAGUUUGCUUCCAAUGCGUGAAAUUGUGGAUAUAACCCUCCAUCUUCUUUUAAAUAAUAAUGUGCGAAGGGUAUAUGUCAAAGUUAGGACAUGUUGAGGUACAUGGAUGAGAAACGCUUAAUUACCUCUCCGUUUGACUUUCAGCCCGCUGAUCUGGUUCUGCGCCGUUCUCUUCCUCCUGUUCAACACGCACGGUGAGCAUACGUUCGACCGAGUCAACUCCCGCCAGUCAACCCCUCGUUCUCCUGAAUAAUUGAUAUAAAUAUUUCUCGGUCGUGUGCAGGAUGGUACUCCUACCUGUGGCUUCCCUUCAUCCCUCUCAUCGUAAGUGUUCUGCUACACCGAGAAAGAGAUAGAUAGAUAGAUAGAUAGAUAGAUAGAUAGAUAGAUAGAUAGAUAGAUAGAUAGAUAGAUAGAGAGAGAGAGAGAGAGAGAGAAAGAGAGAGAGAGAGUUGUCGGUAACAGGAAUAAUGUGUUGGUGUAGGUUAUCCUGCUAAUAGGGGCGAAGCUCCAAGUGAUCAUCACGAGCAUGGCCAACCAGAUCAUGGACCGGGGAGAUGUUGUCAAGGGUGUUCCGCAGGUGCACGUCACUGAUGACCAUUUCUGGUUCCGCCGCCCGAAGCUCAUACUCUUCCUCAUCCACUUCGUCCUCUUCCAGGUUCUCCCUUUGCUCUCUUUCCCUCCUCUCUCACUCACUCACUCAAUAUAUCGGUGGAGCUAAUUCUCCAGUAUUUUUGGCAGAAUGCAUUUCAGCUGGCGUUCUUCGUCUGGAGCUGGGUAAGCUGCCUAUGUUACAAGUCAGCGAAGCUGUGAUCUUACAACCGAGAAAGAGUUGAAAUCUCAUUCCGCGUUGUGCUCUGUGCAGUAUGAAUUUGGGCUGAACACCUGCUUCCACGAGCACACCGAAGACAUAGCCAUCAGGCUUUCCAUGGGGUGAGCUUACCAUCUUCUAAAAGAAUCCUAUAAUUAAACACGGUAGCAUAUUUUUCUCAUAAUCAACAGGUUUUAAUUUAGAGAUAUAAUCCUAAUCGUAACAUAAAAAUUAAUAUUGAUAAACAUUGUUUAAGUCACAUUAAAAAUUGAUGUGCAAUCUCGUGUGAUUAUAUAAAAAAAUUCUACCAUUUAUCAAUGAGAACAGUAUUAUAAUUUACUCCAUGCUUAUCUAAACAAUGUCGUUGAUUCUGACGACCGUUCGCCGCUUGGAUAUUUCAGCAUCCUCGUACAGGUUCUAUGUAGCUACGUAACACUUCCCCUCUACGCCCUGGUGACUCAGGUGGAUCAUCGAUCCCUCCUCCCUCCGUUCAAUGAGACUCCCUCGGAUUUUCCGGUCAAUAAACUGAUAUCAUCCGUUGCCUGUGGAUUCCUCAGAUGGGUUCGAACAUGAGGCCUGCCAUCUUCAACGAGAGGGUGGCGACGGCGCUGAAAAAGUGGUACCACACGGCGAGGAAGAACGUGAAGGAGAGCCAUCGCUCUGGGACGGCAACUCCCCCGUCGAGCCGGCCGGCGACGCCGGCGCACCGCCUCACGCCGUUGCACAUACUGCGCCACAGCCGAAGCGACGUCGGCAGCCAGCAGGCCUCGCCGAAGUUCUACACCUCAUCGCCGGCGAGGCGCUUAACAGCGGGGGAGGGCUCGUCGUCGCGCAAGUUCCAGAGCAGCGGAGAGGAAGCAGUCAUAGAAGAGGAGAGGGGAGCUCCUGCGGCGCCGGUUCCAGCGGGGGAGGAACAUGUGGUCGACGUAUCGAGCGAAUUCUCCUUCGACAGAAGAGAGCGGAAGGUGACUUCACUGAGGGAAGACGCUGGGGCUCUUCCGUGA